AUGGAGCAAAAUCAUCGGGAGAGUUCAUGCUUCCCAGAAGAAGAAAAUCUAUACAAGUUGAACCUUCUCGACCGGGGUGAAGAUGCAUUGCAGUCCAGCCAUCUUCAAAGCUUUGAAUUUGUGCCUAAAGACAGCAAAAUCAUCGGGAGAGUUCAUGCUUCCCAGAAGAAGAAAAUCUAUGAUGUCGAGCUCAAGUUGGAGCAGAAGAGACUGCUAGAAGGUAAGUGUACGUGUCCUGUUGGCCAGCUCCUCUGUCAUCAUGUGGCUGCUGUGGCAAUCUAUGCAUCUCGCAACAUCAGCUGUACUGAUCAACCCUGUACCUGGAUCAAAGGAAAACAGCAUGAACCACAGCAGCCAGUGAGAGUUGAAGAACUUUUCCAGUUAACUGGCAAGGAAAAGAUCAAGUGCUCAACACCCAGUGAGGAGAGUAUUUUAUGCUUUUUUGAGUCACUUCCCUCUCAAAACUUUGGAUUAGCUUGGCUUUUAAAGCCAGAGCCCCAGAAUACUGAUUCCUUCAAGGAAAAGACAAUGGAAGCAAUUCUACUGUCUGAUGGGCUUCUCUUGGCUCCAGAUAAGACAGAAUAUAUUACUGCUGCAAUGAAGCUGAAUGCAGAAGAUUUUCAAGGUAUUGAGGCAAAAACAAGGGGACAAGCAUCAAACCAGUGGUGGGGCAGGUUCCGAUAUGGGCGCUUUACUGCAAGCAAUUUCGCCAAACUCCUCACUGCUGGCAAUAGGGGAAAUAUACCUCCAAGCACCAUGAAAGCACUGAUGAAUGAAUAUGAUUUGUCCACACUGCCAGCAGUGCAGUGGGGCAGGCAUCAUGAACAAGUGGCAUUGCGUGUCUACAGAAAAGCCAUGGGGUAUAUUGUUUCCCCUUGUGGGAUUGUGCUUGGAGAGAGUGGGAUGUUCGAAGGGGAUAUAGUCUUAGAAGAGAGUAGUACACUUGGAAAGACAUAUCUCAACCAGGUACAAGGUUGCCUGGCACUGACCAGGAGGAGACAGUGCCAUUUCAUUGUGUGGACACCCACUGAAACAAUCAUCUUUGUGAUUUCAAAAGAUGAGAGCUGGGGGGAGAGGUGUCUUCCACUCCUUCAAGAGCUGUAUCUCAAGUUGGAGCAGAAGAGACUGCUAGAAGGUAAGUGUACGUGUCCUGUCGGCCAGCUCCUCUGUCAUCAUAUGGCUGCUGUGACAAUCUAUGCAUCUCGCAACAUCAGCUGUACUGAUCAACCCUGUACCUGGAUCAAAGGAAAACAGCAUGAACCACAGCAGCCAAUCAAGUGCUCAACACCCAGUGAGGAGAGCAUUUUAUGCUUUUUUGAGUCACUUCCCUCUCAAAACUUUGGAUUAGCUUGGCUUUUAACGCCAGAGCCCCAGAAUACUGAUUCCUUCAAGGAAAAGACAAUGGAAGCAAUUCUACUGUCUGAUGGGCUUCUCUUGGCUCCAGAUAAGCUGAAUGCAGAAGAUAUUCAAGGUAUUGAGGCAAAAACAAGGGGACAAGCAUCAAACCAGUGGUGGGGCAGGUUCCGAUAUGGGCGCUUUACUGCAAGCAAUUUCGCCAAACUCCUCACUGCUGCCAAUAGGGGAAAUAUACCUCCAAGCACCAUGAAAGCACUGAUGAAUGAAUAUGAUUUGUCCACACUGCCAGCAGUGCAGUGGGGCAGGCAUCAUGAACAAGUGGCAUUACCGCCGGACUGCCAGAUCCUUCCUAUUAGACCUCCGGCCGCCGGACGACUAUCCACAGCCUUCUCUCAACUUGAUGCCCAAGACACCGGGGCAGCCAUGAUGAUGACGCAGUCACUUCGCAUCGUUAUUGGAGCCAAGCAGCCAAUGACAGCUCGGAAUCAAUGCACAUCACCAUCACCCAGCAUGGCGCAAAGCCUGCACCAAAACUCCCUCCAGCCUAAAAGACCUUCCCCAUGUCGUCAUCGCCAUGAGAACCUUCUCUUUUGGAGCUUUGCAUCAUCGUGUGACAUCAAAAGUAUCUCCCAAGAAAAUGGCACAAAAUUCACUGAUGGGGAAUAUGAGGUUGACCCAGAGCAUGGGUUUUGUGACUACUACAUGGGACUUACUGAUGCUUGCUGCAAGCAUCAAGUUGCUGUAGCAGAGCAACAUAGCUUCAUUCUGCCAAAUGUCCCUAUCCCCAAUAGUCCCAGUGACAAGUUAGCAUUUGUAUACCUGGCUUUGGGACAUGAGGCUUCAAAUGUGUCCUUCUUUGACAAAGUGUUUCUCACAGGGGGAAACUUCGAAUUGUCCUGGAUCUGUCCACAGUACCAAUGGCGGAUUGGAUUCAUGUCACAUGAGGCAGCCCAUUCCAAGCGCCCCCGCACAGUAACGGCCCAGCCGGUGAGUGGCCUGGCAGGACUGCCGGUAUGCGAGGGAAGAGCUCUCUAUGAGUCGCCCAGGGAGACCGCAGUAUAUGCAUGA